AUGAAUAAGUCAGAUACUAUAACAUAUGGAGAUGGAGAGGCUUACAAGCAAAAGGUCAUUGAAGCAAAAAAGAAACUAAGAAAGCAGAUUGCAGUGCUCAUUUUCAUCUCUUUCCUAAUUUCACUAGCUGUUUUCCUUAUAUUUUUCUGGGUGAUAAAAGCUCCUUAAAAGUUAGUAUUCUUUUUCACAUUAAUAGAUCUUAGCAAAUUCAACCAAGUUAGUUUAGCUAAAACAUAAGAGAAUUUCGGUACCAAACAUUACAAAGAUUCCAUUUAUUAUGGUCAACUAGAAGAGAGGAAAAGGCAAGGAAAAGGUGUUAUAAUUUAUAAUACAGGGAGACUUUAUGAAGGUGACUGGUAGAAUGAUUAAAGACAUGGUCAUGGCUUUGAAAAAUAUGUAAAUGGAAAUACUUACCAAGGGCAGUAUUAAGAUGGAAAAGCUCAUGGUAAAGGAAUUUACAUCUGGAAAAAUGGUGAAUCUUUUGACGGUGAGUGGAUUAUGGGUGCCAAAGAAGGAUAUGGGAUCUGGAAAGGCAUAAGUAAUGACUCCUACAUUGGUUAGUGGAAGAACAGCAAGGCUGAUGGUUACGGAGUACACACUUGGAAGAAUGGAGAUCGUUAUGAAGGUGAGUGGGUAUCUUGUCUGAGACAUGGAAAUGGAACUGAUUUCUUUAGUAAUGGAGAUAUCUAUACAGGUUAGUACAAGCUUGGAAAACCAGAUGGCUAUGGUUAGUACAAAUGGAUGAAUGGAAAUGUUUACUCAGGUUUGUUCAUGAAUGGCUUAAAACAUGGAAGAGGAAAAUGGAAAAAGAAAUCAAGUCAGGAUAAUAGCAUUUGUAAUCAGUACGAAGGUGAGUACAAAUUUGAUAAGAAAAAUGGAUUUGGUACCUUCACUUGGGAAAGUGGAAACGUCUACAAGGGAUAGUAUAUAGAAGAUGAAAGAUGCGGAUUCGGAUAAAUGGAAUGGACUGAUGGAAGUAUAUACAAAGGAUUUUGGGAUGGGGGAGUAUAACAUGGACAAGGCCUGAUGCUAUUAUCUGAUGGAUAAAGAAGAGCUGGUCUUUUUGAUAAAAAUGUAUUCAAAAAGAUAUUGGAUACUAUCUAAGAAUAUGAUAAUUGGCUGAUGAAUUUGCCUGAAGGUUUUAUGAUUCCUCCAUAAUUUCGUGACGAACUUCAAGAGUACUUACAAUAAAGAGAAAGUGCACUAGCAUCAAACAUAGGUUUUGAAACUCCAGAUCCUAAAAUAAGAAAUGACACUGAUGAGUAGGUUGAUGUAACAUUUAAGCAAAUUGACGAAGAUGAUUCUAACGAUGAGAAUGCAUUUCAAAAGCAAGUCUCUUAAAUCUCUAACAAUCUAGGCCAAGACUUUAAUAAAGAUUAGCAGUAUUAUAACCAAAGCAAUUACAAUCAGUCAUCAAUAAGAGAUUUUUCAGAAAUCUAAGAUUCUGGUAAAACUUUUGACGAUCCAAAGCAAAUAAAAUCUUAAAUGACGAAUCAAUAGUCACGACAGAAUAACAUACAAUUUAGUAAAGAUAAUCAGCUCAGUCUUUAAAAGUAAAACUCCUAGUUUACUCCGUAAUAAACCAACUUCAAUAGAAAGUUUAAUUAAAAUGUAAAUGCUAAUCCUGAUGAUGACAGCAAUAGCAAGAUGAAGAAUAACUACUAAAUUGCGAAUCAAAAUAAUUCUGCUGCUGAUAUAUUCCCUAGCACCAAUAGCUAUAUUGACUCUUAGCCUCAUCUGAAUAAUUCUUAGGUAUCAACUUACAGAAUGGGGAUUCCACCAUAAUAAUUAUUAGACUCAGAUUUUAAAUCAAAUACAGAUAUUUUGAGUAGAGGUUCGAUUAGAUAAUAGCUUGGCUCUAUUAAAGACUAAGAAAUUCCCUAGCAAUAAGAACUAUUUUAGAAUCCAAAUAAAUUUAGAAAAAAUCAAUUUUAGUAACCUAUUAAUCCUAAAGGGAGUGGAGAAUUCAGUUAAAUAGAUCUUGAUUACUAAGAUGUUAGAUAGCAUUUACCACAAAUUGAUUAAAAUAUAUAAAGAAGAGUACAUAUUCCCUAGAAUAAUAGGACUGUAUACCAUGGCGGUUUCAAGAAAUCUUAGGAUAAAAAUCAAUAGUAAUCAUUAAUGAGUGACAGAGGAUACGAUAAAUAAAUUAAGGAUAAGUCGUCCUUCAGAUCUAUUAAUCCCUCAAAUAAUGACUUAGAUUUAAACUCUAGCAUUGGAGAUAUUUAUGCAAUUGGGGCACCUAUAGUAAGAAAAAAUUAGAGAAAUAAGAGAAUUUAGCUAAAUGAGGACAGCAGUGAGAGACCUCCUCUAGUUAUUAAUAAAGACUAAAUAUAAUAUUGA